ACAGAUCUCCUAUACUCAAUCCAAUGCCGCAACUUCAUUUCCUUAUCUUAUCAUUUCCCGCUCAAGGCCACAUCAACCCAGCCAUUCAAUUCGCCAAGCGCCUUGUACGCACCGGCUCCCAUGUCACCUUCGUCACCAGCGUCUCUGCUCACCGUCGAAUGACCAACACCGUCACUCUUGACGGAUUAACCUACACUUCCUUCUCAGAUGGUUACGACGAUGGGUUCAAACCCGGCGACAACCUCCUUCACUACAUGGCUGAGAUCAAACGUCACGGCUCACAAGCUCUCAUGGACAUAUCCGUGGCAGCUACCAACGAACACCGCCCAGUGACGUUCAUUGUCUACAACUUCCUCCUACCUUGGGUUGCAGAUCUGGCACGUGACCUGCAAGUGCCCUCGUCUCUACUCUGGAUUCAACCUGCGUCUGUUCUUAACAUCUACUACUACUACUUCAAUGGCUAUGGCGAUUUCGUCGAUAAGAAUAUCUCUAACCCCUCUUUUUCCAUGGAAUUACCAGGACUGCCCCUCCUUACAUCCAAAGAUCUUCCCUCCUUUUUCCUCCCUACAAACCCUCAACCUCACACUCUCUCUUUGUUUAAAGAACUCAUUGUGACCUUAGAGAAAGAAACCAAGGCGAGAGUUUUGGUGAACUCGUUUGAAGCUUUAGAAGGUGAAGCCUUGAGAGCAAUUGAUAAGUUUAAUAUGGUUGCCAUUGGACCGUUGAUCCCAUCGGCUUUUUUAGAUGGGAAAGACCCAUCCGAUACUUCCUUUGGAGGGGAUAUGAGCUUUUUUAGUUCGAGGGAUUAUUACAUGGAAUGGUUGAAUCAGAAGCCGGAUGCUUCAGUGGUUUACGUGUCAUUUGGAACCACUUCGAGGUUAUCGAAGAAGCAGGUGAGAGAGAUUGCUGGUGGGUUGUUAGAAAGCCGCCGGCCGUUUUUGUGGGUCCUCCGUCCGGCACCGGAGGAGAAUGACAAAGAAGAAGGUGAUGUAGUUGAAAAUAUGGAAGAACUAAAGCAAGAAGGAAUGGUGAUACCUUGGUGUUCACAGGUGGAGGUUCUGUGUCACCGCUCAAUUGGGUGCUUUGUGACACACUGCGGUUGGAAUUCGACAUUGGAAGGUCUGGUUGCCGGAGUUCCGAUGGUGACCUUUCCACAAUGGUCCGAUCAAGCAACGAAUGCGAAGUUGAUAAGAGAUGUUUGGCAAACAGGUUUGAGGUUGGAGGUUAAUGAAGCUCAGUUGGUAGAAGGAGAUGAACUUAAAAGGAGUAUAGAGAUAGUGAUGGAAGGAGGAAGAGGGGAGCAGAUGAGAGGAAACGCUAAGAGAUGGAAAGAUUUGGCAAGAGAGGCUGUCAUGGAUGGUGGAUCUUCCGAUAAGAAUCUUAAUGCAUUUGUGGAUGACGUUCGGUUGUUGGACAGCCCUGUUUGUGGUGUAGAGAGGAUUCUUGAUAGCGCAUCUGCAAAGACAUGA